AUGUCUGAGGAAUUCGAUCCAUCUGACUGGCCAGAAAAUUUCCAGCAAAUGAGGGAUCUUGACAACCUGUUAAGAUGUCCUGUCUGUUUUGAAUACUUCAACACAGCUAUGGUAAUACCACAGUGCAGCCAUACUUACUGCUCAAGAUGUAUACGCCGCUACAUCAAUUACAAGUCACAAUGUCCAACAUGUUCUGUGAGUGUAUCUGCCCCAGAACUAAAGAACAACAGACUGGUAGAUGAGAUCAUUAAGAAAUAUCAAGAAGUCAGGGAUAACCUUGUGUUAGCAGCCAAGGCAGUGCCUGAUCUUGCAUCGCCUGGGAGACCAAUCCACACAUCAGGCAACACACCUAAACACAACAACAAAAAAGAUCGUCCCAUGUUUACGUGGCUAAGCAGUAUCAAUCUCCAGGAGCUGUAUGACACAAUACGAGGUGCAGGAUUCACCAUGGAUACCAUUGGUAGCCUUACCAAAGAGAUGAUGGUUAAUGACUUAGGAAUUACUAAGAGGAAUCACCUGAUAAAGCUGGAGUUCUUUCUAAAGAACCUUAACAAUGGCAGAAAACCUGUAAAGACAGAUUCAGGUUCAACUAGCAUGGUUCAGCCCAAUGAAGCAGACAGUGUGCCCAACACCCCCCUCCCCAUGUCUACACCCAACACCUUAACUUCCUCAGUGACAGAUACGGACAUAGACAUUACUCCCAGUGAUACAAGGUUAGAGGACAUCCACACUGGCCCUGUCAGUGGUCAUGCAAUAAACAAUACCAGUACUUAUACAAACAAUAGUUCCAUACCUGAAAGAGACAAUCAUUCCAUUGGUGCAGAUACAAAUAUUGGAUCAAAUUCAUUCCAAUCUUCAACAAAUACUAGUAGUGCAAUGUCAACUCAAGGAAUAAACCAGACCACAGACAGUGAUUCAGUGACACAUAGUCAGAGUCUAAGGAGCCCUCAAGCCAUUGAGUCGGUCUCCCCAGUGGCUGGAUCUGAUGCAGCAAUAGAGACUCCACACUUUAGCUCCAAUCCAAAUUUGCCAAAAGUGCCUUGUCCAAUUUGUGGUGUGCCUGUGAAGGAACGUUUCAUCAACAUACAUCUAGACCGUUGCCUCAAGAAAUCAACUGAAGAUCCCUCAGAUUCUUUACCUAGUCCUCCACCAAUGCCGAAGAGAAAGCGACUCCCUAAGCUUGUAUACACAUUGAUUAAGGAUAAAGAUUUGAAAAAGAGGCUACAGAACGAAGGUCUCAGUACACAGGGGGACAGGAAGGCCAUGAUAAAGAGGCAUCAUGAGUAUACCUUGCUAUACAACAGCGAAUGCGACGCUGCUUCACCAAGACCAGUGUCUGCCAUUCUUGCCGAGGUUGAGAGGAAUGAGAUGCUCAAUUUUAAACCAAUGGUCGUUAACGCACAUAGUCUGGUCAUAAAGAAGGGGGCGCCACCUGAUGCUGUUGAAAAAGCACAGAAAAAUUAUGUUAAGAAACACAACUCCCAUUUCAAGGACUUGAUCCAGGCUACCAAAGAGAGGAUGAAAGGCCGCAAGAUUAAACCUGCAGAAUCAUCUACAAGCUCAGACACUGUGACAUCAGACUCUAGUAUCCAAGGUUACAGUUCAACGACUUCUGAUUCUUCAUGUACAUCUGAUGUCUCUUUUAACCAAGGUUACAGUACAGAGGGUUCAAGUAAACAUGGUAACCAUGGUGACAGUGCCUCAUCAGUCUCCAGUAACCUUGACAACCCAACCAAACAGAAUAUACAAACAUCAACAUCUAAAACUCCCAAUGUUAUUCCCUCCAAGAGACAUACUUUUAAGAACCUCUUUACAGAUACAUCUCCUGAUGGGGACUUAGGAAAGCUACCAGUUAAAAGCAUGGCAGAUCCCACAUCUCCUGGUGCGACCUCUAUUGAGAAACCCUCCAGCUUGGCAGAAACUCCAGGCAGCUCAACACAUAAGACAUUAGGGAGGUCACCUGGUAUAACCCCAUCUACUGAUUUCAUUGGUGCUUUCAACACAUUUAAAGAGACUCAAACAUUUAUUUCUGAGACACCCAAGUCUGCUCCAAAUCAUAAAAGAACUCUAACUCCCUUAACAUUUAUUAAGAAACCCUCCGGGAUUGAUAAAACACUAGAUACAUCUAAAGUGGACUCUGAUGAGGAUUUUAACAUAGGCCCAUUACCUUCAAGUAUGAAAAAAUCAAUGAAUAAAUCCACAAACUUGAAAAAUAGUGUUAACUCUGAAACAAAACCAUCGAUUAAGAAUGUGAAAACAAAUCAAAGACCAAAAGAAUUGAUUCCUAAAAAUGUAAGCAUGAAUACUGUUAAGACGGUUGAUCAACUAGACACUGCCCUAACUGAUAUCCUCCAUACUACGGGACAAGAGGUGGCUAAACAGAUAGAAGCAGAUCUGAGGGAGCAGGAAGAAUUAGGACCUACAAGUCAUGAAAGCAACAAGAUUGUUGAAAACAAGAAAGCAAAAGUAUCUGCAUUGAUUGAGCCAUCCUUUCAAGAUGACAACACAACUGACACACUGCCUUACAACAUGGUCAGACAGAAUUCAGAUUUAUUGGCUGAUACUACAGAUGGGCCACUUUCCAAGCCUGACCUUGUUAGAUCUGACUCUGACCUGAGCACUACAUCUACAUUGAUACUUCAAGGACCUACAGAAACACAGAGGUCUGACAAUCUCUUUGAUGACCCCAGUGAUGAUUUGGUGGAUGAACCCAGUGGUAACACAGUAAACAAGGCCAAGAAAACCAGAGCUGCUAGAGCUAAGAAGCAAAAAUCAACUGCUGACUCCGACUGGAUCCCAGAUCUUACAGAAAUCAGAGAUGCAGUUACUGAGAGUGGCUUCAUUCCUGCAAGUCCUGUAAAAACAAGACGUUCCCAGAGAAAGCGUAACCAACCUGGGUCAACUGGGAGUGUAACUGAUGUUGUCAAGCCCUCACGGAAACGCCAAAAAUAGACCUCUUAGACACAGCACAAAUCAGGAACAAUAUUUGAUAAACUGAACCACAGAAGGGGAUUUCCAUGUGUAUGUGACAUGGAUGCUACAUAUACAUGUAUUUCAGGACCAUUAUACAUGUAUUUCAGGACCAUUAUACACAUAUUUCAGGACCAUUAUACACGUAUUUCUGGAGUGUUCUGAACUUUUACCAUAUCAUUGCAAUGUUCCUUCUGUCUCUUCUGCAAGAAACAAUCCCAUGAAAAGAAAAACAUGUUAUGAAAUAUAUGACUGAUUGAGCUUUACCUGAAACUGCUUGAUUAUAUACAUUAAUACAUAAAUAAGAUAUAUUCUAGCAAGG